CAUGACUGAAGUCCUUCAUUAACAGCCUGCAGUGUUCUGCUCUGGUAAGUUGAGAUUUAUUCUCAGUUUAUGAAUAAAUCCGAGUCUCAUUUUCAGCACUGUGAAAGGAAGUGAUGAUUAACUGAACCUACAAAGUCAUCUAUUUAACUUUAAAGAAACCUGAAAUCAGGGUGUGAUGACUUUUUACAGAAGUGAAAGUGAAACUCUGAGCAUUCGGACUAAAGAGAACAACAAUAGCAGCAAAAUAAAAUGGCUUCUAAGUUUUCAGAGGAGGAUUUCUCCUGUCCUGUGUGCUGUGAAAUCUUCAAGGAUCCUGUUAUUCUGCUCUGCAGUCACAGUGUGUGUAAAGUGUGUUUGCAGCAGUUCUGGGAGACGAAAGGAUCCAGAGAAUGUCCUCUUUGUAGGAGGAAGUCAUCUGUGGCUCAGCCUCCCAUAAACCUGGCCUUAAAGAACCUGUGUGAGACUUUCUUACAGGAGAGAAGUCAGAGAUCUUCAUCAGGGUCUGAAACAGUCUGCAGUCUGCACAGUGAGAAACUCAAACUCUUCUGUCUGGAUCAUCAACAGCCGGUGUGUUUGGUGUGUCGAGAUUCAAGAAAACACACCAACCACAAAUUCUGCCCCAUUGAUGAGGCAGUAACAGACUGUAAGGAGAAGCUCAAAACUGCACUGAAGCCCCUACAGGAGAAACUGAAGAUCUUUAAAGACUGUAAACUGAACUGGAGUCAGACUGCAGAACAUAUAAAGAUUCAGACCCAAUACACAGAGAGUCAGAUUAAGGAGGAGUUUGAGAAGCUUCACCAGUUUCUACGAGAUGAAGAGGCAUUCAGGAUUACUGCACUGAGAGAGGAAGAGGAGCAGAAGAGUCAGAUGAUGAAGGAGAAGAUUGAGAAGCUGAGCAAAGACAUAUCCUCUCUUUCAGACACAAUCAAAGCCAUAGAAGAGGAGAUGGGAGCUGAAGACGUUUCGUUCUUAGAAAACUACAAGGCCACAGUCAAAAGAGCCCAGAGUACACUGCAGCAUCCAGAGGAGCUUUCAGGAGCACUGAUCCAUGUGGCAAAACAUCUGGCCAACCUGCAGUUCAGAGUCUGGGAGAAGAUGCAGUACACCGUCCAAUACACACCUGUAACUCUGGACCCCAACACUGCUCAUCCUGAACUCAUUGUAUCUGAUGAUCUGAAAAGUGUGAGACGCAGCAAUGAGAAACAGAAACUUCCUGAUAAUCCAGAGAGAUUUGAUGAAUAUUUGUGUAUCCUGGAAUCUGAGGGCUUUAACUCAGGGACACACUGCUGGGAUGUGGAAGUUGGAGACUGUACACGGUGGAGUGUGGGUGUGAUGACAGAAUCUGCUCAGAGGAAGGGGGGAAUAAUCUCCAGAAGUGGACUCUGGUGUGUGCGGUAUUAUGAUGGUAAAUAUUACGCAGCUUCUACACCACAUACAGACACUCAGCUCUCAGUCACACAGAAACUCCAGAGGAUCAGAGUGAAGCUGGACUGGGACAGAGGAAAACUGUCAUUCUCCGACCCUCUCACUAACACACACUUACACACUUUCACACACACAUUUACUGAUAAAUUACUGCCAGUCCUAGGUGUUUUUGGUUCCAUAAAGAUCCUCCCACUUGAGUGCUCUGUAAGAGUGAAUCAGAUCAGUUAGCAUUGAUGUUAUUUUAUUCCAGUUCAUUAAUAAAAUACUGCAGAUUAAAAGUUUAGUGUUUUGUGUAAGUGGUUUUGUAAAGAUCAGAUGGAUUUGUAUGUUCAUGCUGCAUUAGGUCAUGAUUCACAAGUUCAAAUCAAUUCUGAGUGAAAUAAAUUCACUUUGUUCAUUCUGAUAUUAAACAUUGUUAAUCUGCAUAAUGGGACAAUUAAAAUAUGCACAAAUAAAUAUGUCUGUAAUCCGUGUUAUGUUUAUUAUUAAUAGUUAAAAUGUUAAUGAUGUGGGCAAUUAUAUAUUUGUACAGAUGUGUGCAGUGGUUGUUGUUAUUUUCAUGAUUAGUAUCAGGGAUGUGUUCAGUUUAAUGUCUGUGUAAGUGAUCACUGAGAGGAUGUGGGAGAGAGAGGCAGGUGAGAGAGUCAGUCAUUAAAGGUGUUAAAAGCAACAAUUUU